AUGCCGCCAAAUAACAGUGAUUAUUUGGAAGUCGCCCAUCAGAGGGCUAUUGAAAAGAAAACUCACGUUAGUUUUCCGCAACUUAAGUAUCCAUCAUUAAGAGAAGAAGGCUUAAGAGAUCCAGUACAAUGGCUUAUGGGCAAGGCUAUGGAUGACGGUGCUGAAGGUCUAUGGCGAGUGCACGACAAAUUGUACGACUUGAAGGAAUUUGUUGAAAAUCAUCCAGGAGGCGCGGAAUGGCUGGAACUUACGAAGGGCACUGAUAUAACUGAAGCCUUCGAAAGCCACCACAUAAAAAAAAUCGCUGAGGAUAUGUUACAGCAAUUUUAUGUACGCGAUGCUAAAACUCCAAGAAAUUCGCCAUUCACAUUCAAAGAGGAUGGAUUUUUCAGAACACUAAAAAGAGCGGUAAGGGAAGAGCUAAAGAAAGUACCUAAAGAUGUUUCUAAGAAUACUGACAUGAUCACAGAUGGUUUGCUAGUAACAUUUCUCCUAUCUUCGGCCAUGUCAUGUUGGGCAACUAAUUAUUGGGUUAUUUGGAUGUCCUAUAUUGUAGCAUCUGUUACUUUGGGUUGGGUUGUGGUUGCUUCUCACAACUAUAUUCAUAGAAGAUCUAAUUGGAGAAUGUACAUUUUCAAUUUAAGCUUAUGGUCUUACAGAGAUUUUCGAGUGUCUCACGCACUUUCACAUCAUCUUUACCCGAACACUCUAAUGGAUUUGGAAAUUAGUGGUUUCGAGCCUAUGAUAAUAUGGACACCUCGGAAAGAUAAACCAAUAUACAAUAAGUUCAUCUUUUUAUUUGAGCUAGUGUUCUUACCGCUCGUAUUUAUCAUGAAUUUCAUAAAAAGAGUGACUCUUUUCUGUACACGAGACAAUUUCUUUAAAAAUCAUUUUCGUUGGCACGAUUGCGUGGGAUUCAUAACGCCUCUGUGGAUGUAUCUUGUCAGCGGAGCCAGUUUAUACGACGUCUUCAUUAUGUGGCUAUGGAUAGUUUGCACUGGAAGUUUCGUAUUCGCUACGAUUGGAAUCAAUGCUGCGCAUCAUCACCCACAAAUAUUUAAAGAUGGCGAUCAAGUCAGUGAUGUUACGCCGGACUGGGGGAUGCACGAGCUUGAGGCAGUUAUGGACCGUCCCGAAAUUAAUAACAACCACUUUAAAGUAAUGACUUUCUUCGGACACCACGCUUUACAUCAUCUUUUCCCGACACUUGACCACGCUGCUUUGGAAUAUUUGUAUCCAGUAUUUCUAGAGAAUUGUGAAAAGUUCCGAGCAAAUUUCAGGUUGAUGUCACAGUUAGACCUAUUCAUUGGUCAGCUCAAAAUGACUCAGAAGAAGGACCCGACACUUCUUGAUGAACGGAAAUGAGUGACAGUUUAAGCUUGGAAAUAAGAUGCGAAUUAUUGUAAACAACACUUAGCUUUAGUUUAAAAAAUAUAUCAAUAAUAUAUUUACAUCUGCACUGUCCAUAAUUAAUUGCAAUUUUAAGUAAAAGAUGAACUAUUUUUA